UAAUAGUGAUUAGCGAAGGCAAUUUGACUGACUACGGAAAAAUAAUUGACUAUAAAUUUGAUAUUUACAGCUCCGAAGCAAUUUGUAGGGAAAAAUCGGAGGGGAGGAGAGGAGAAAGCUCUGUGUAAGCCGCAACCGAAACGAAGCAAUCCUCGAAGAAUUUGACAAGAUGAAGAUGACAUGGAAGAAGACCCCUAACGACAGCAAAAGCAAGACGAAGAAACGCCCCAUCGCGUUUAAUCCUAGCCUUCCCUUCGAAGAUCCUAAUUCGAUUUCGAAUUCGAAAUCCGAGACGAGUAGUAGCGCUGCAGCAGAGUCGCUUGGAGAAGACGACGUCGAGAAGAAACCCUCGGUGAUGAUUUCUGACGAUGAAGAAAUGAAGGCUCUUGCUCUAGACUUUGAAGCUCAAGGCAAUAGCCUCGCUGAGGAGGGAAAAUACCGGGAGGCGCUAGGGAAGUGGGAGAGCGCGGCCACUUUGAUGCCCGAACGAGCUGUAUUGCACGAACAAAAAGCCCAGGUUUUACUCGAGCUUGGCGAAGCCUGGAGUGCUUUGAAGUCUGCGACUCGAGCUACUGAAUUGGAACCGACAUGGGCUGAGGCCUGGAUUACGCUUGGUAGAGCUCAGUUAAACUUUGGGGAGCCCGACAUUGCAGUCGAAAGUUUCGACAAAGCAUUAGCCAUUAAGCCAGAUUCUGUGGAGGCGAAGGAUGACCGGCUGAGCGCCGUACAGCUAGUGAAGAGGCGAAAACAGCUGCACUCGACAGGUUUGAGUUCAAACGAAAGCCGUUUUACCGUUGGCAAUAAAGGCUAAAAAAAGCUCAAUGUUUAACGAUGACGAUGCUGUGUUUGUCGACAUUUCUACUUCUAGCUACAGUGUGGAAAUAUUUAUAAACAGGUAAGAAACUUGUUGGCCAAAUAUAGUGACAGAAAGGAUAAUACACAAAAAACCACAGGUCAGUGUACGUUGGCCAUUCCUAGAAAACAAGAAAUGCUAUUGACUUAAUUCAGGCAUUUGCUGUAAUGUCUCAUUUUACAACAAAAACAUAUAAAGAUAUGCAUACAAA